AUGACGGCUGCUAAACUUGUCUUUGGAGGUGGUAUCUUCACUGCCCCGUAUGUCCCCUCUGUGGAUGAGGUCCGGGAAUACCUGGACCUCCUUGAAGAGUUUGGUAUCAAGGUCAUAGACACAGCCGCAGUUUACGGAGACUCUGAGAAGUUUCUUGGUGAGACAAAGGCAGCCAGCCGCUUCACGAUCGACACGAAAAAUCCAGGAGCCAUGAAUCCUGAGCCCUCGACGAAAGACGUGGUGGUCGCCGCCGGGAAGGAGAGUCUGAAGAAGCUCGCCACGUCGCAGGUCGAUGUAUACUAUUUGCAUAGUCCAGAUACCCGUCUCUCUUUCGAGGGGACGUUGGAAGGCAUCGAUUCCCUGCAUAAGUCCGGGGCCUUCCGGAGGUUCGGCCUCUCGAACUUCACCGCGGAGCAGACGAAGGAAGUCCUUCGCAUCUGCCGAGAAAGGGGGUUUGUGCCCCCAACGGUAUAUCAGGGCAACUACAAUCCCGUAGGCCGUCUCGCCGAGACCGAGCUCUUCCCCAUCCUGCGCGAAAACAACAUUGCUUUCUACGCCUACAGCCCCAUCGCUGGUGGCUUCCUAGCCAAGACCACGGCACAGAUCAAGGAAGGCAAAGGCCGAUGGGAUCCGGAAACUUUCAUUGGCAAAGUGUACCAGGACCUGUACAGCAGCCGGCCGGCCAUCCUGGGUGCGCUGGACACGUGGCAAGAGAUCGCGGCGUCGGAGGGCAUCUCGGGGGCGGAGCUGGCGUUCCGCUGGGUGGUCCACAACUCGAUCCUCGACGGAAGCAAGGGCGACGCGGUGAUCAUUGGGGCGUCGAGCCUGGCGCAGCUGAGGGCCACUGUGGCGGGGAUCCGGAAGGGCUCCCUCAGCCCUGCCGUUCAGGAGAAGGUCCAGGGCGUCUGGGAGAGUGUGAAGCAUGCAGCGUUUCUGGACAACUUCAACGGCAUGUCUAAGGAUACCUGGAAGGACUUCAAAGUUAUGGCUACUCCCGAGCAAAUCGAGCCAUUGUGCUGUGACGGCUUUGAGAACGUCUCAAGAAAGCCGGUAUAUCUGAACGCCAUCUGCUCCAUGGUGCCACUUCCGAGCUCAGGAUCCUUAACACACCUAAAAGCUUUAUUAGACUGGCUUCGGAGACCACAGCAAGGACCCUCGCCAUCCUACCGAUGGGAUUCGGGAGAUGAGUUGAAGCGAGACAUUAGUCCGCAGCUGCCGGGCCGAAGAGACGAAGGGGAGGGACAAAGAGUCGUUGGGCGACAAGAGACGACAAUACCGACUACGAGGGCUCCUAUAACGAGUGGCGAGACGGCGUUGCCGACUACGAGCGCGGCUCCUCCAACAACUACCAGCGGGCUUCCAAUCGUCACCACCAUCUCCAUUAACCUAGACGAUGUCGCGACUGGGAAUGUUUACGCAGUCUCAGGCUACUAUGAUGGACCAAAGGCCGCCCAUAGCGGUGAGUGA